AACAAAUGUUUAUAGUUCACGAAACAUUUUGUUACCUGCUUCUUAUAAAUAUUAAGCUCAAUAUAACCGCGAAUUGCCUCGCACGUCAUCUAGUCAAAUUACGAAGUUAAACUAAAAUAAUCUUAGCGCAAAAAGCCAAAUGUCUCUUAUCUUCAAACUCUGAAAAAAACCUCAAUGAAUUUUAGAUUGAAACUAUUCAUGCCAUCGAAUGAGCAGCUGAAAAUCACCUGGCUACUUACCGUAUUUUUCGGCUCUUUAAUUGUGUUCCAGUUAUGGCUUGACAAAGCAGUUAGGCCGACGUUUCAACCGGCUGAUAAAAGCCUGCCUCGUGCAAAACAACGGACAAGUGUAUCAAAUACAGACUAUCAGUAUGAUCACGCAAAGUCAAACAGGUGCCGUGUCCUUUUCCCUAGACGACAAGGUGCUGCACUUAAUGUGGACCACUUCACAGACUGGUCCAGAAUUGAGUUGUUUGAUCCGUCAGCCAAGAGUGAAAAAGAAGCAAAGUCAGUUGAUGCAAUUUACAAAGAGAGAAGAGAAAAUUUGAAAAUAAGGUGUAAUCACAUUAACAGGUUCGCCCUGUUCCCCCACUCCAGCACCCUCUACUGUGCAGUGGCAAAGUGUGGCAAUACUGCGUGGACUGCUCUGCUGACGGGCCUGGAGACCAACAGGGUGCCAUACAUGCCCAGGGGCCCCCAGGGACUCUAUGCCAACCCUCAUCGACUAAAAUUUAGCAAUGAGUCGGUUAGAAAUAUUGCCAGAAAAGUCAAGACAAGACUGAUUGUAGUUCGACACCCUGUCAACCGACUAAUCUCGGGUUUCAAGGACAUCAUAAUAAGAGAAAACCAUAGAAAUGAAUCAGAUAUGGCAAUUUUCACAGACCAAGUGUGGAAAAGGCAGCAUGAAAAGAACAUAUCUGCGCUGGAGUCUUAUAUGAGGCAAAGUUUGAUGAUGGACGAUCGUCAUUUUUGGACUUACGAGCAGAGCUGCUCGCCUUGUGACAUUGACUAUAACGUGAUCGUAAAACUUGAUGACGCUACUGAAACAAACCGCUUCUUUAAACAAUCGGCUCAUGUUUCGGAGCACAGAAAAAUGAUUUACUCAUUGAUCGAUAAUCCGACAGCAAACGUGAAUCGAAAAAAAGAAAGGAAAAGUAAAUUGAAGGAAUACUUGCAACAAAUGAAUCCCAAAACUGUUAUAGACUUUUUAAAUCAUUAUAGAAAUGAUUUCGAACUUUUUGGUUAUGAUGUUCGUGAUAUCGUGAAUCAGGGUCGGUAG